CGUUGCCAUGGGCAACCGGGGCAAACACGUCAUUGUGAUGCCUUGUAGUCAGUGUUUGGGGGCAAACUCCUCCAUUUUCCUCGAUUAGAAUCGCUCCGAACUAAAAUAUGUACGACGAAGAAGAAGGAGAGGAAGGGCCAAAGAGCUCCUUCGUAACCUACCUGUCCGAGGGAGACAAGCUUUUCGACAAUGGAGAAUACAGAAAAGCUCUUGAGAGCUACAGCACGGCGCUGGAAAUUCAGCCCGAGGACAAGACCUGCCUGGUGGCCAGGGCAAAAUGUUACCUGGCUCUCGGAGACUCAGACGCAGCUUUGCGAGACGCCGAGGCGGCACUGAAGGACGACAAGGAGUACAUCAAGGGUUUACUGAUGAAGGCGGAGGCUCUGUACUCCAAGGGUGACUUUGAGCACUCCCUGGUGUUCUACCACCGCGGGCACAAGCUGAGGCCGGAGGUGGACGAGUUCAGACUGGGAAUCCAGAAGGCACAGGAGGCCAUCAACAACUCUGUCGGCACUCCAAGUUCAGUGAAGCUUGAGAACAAGGGAGACACUUCUUUCCUGAACAAGCAUGAAGAUAAUAAGAAAGCGGCACGCAGACCAGCGUAUCAGAAACCACAGAAACAAGCGACACAGAAGAGCAACAAACAAAAGCCCAAACCUAAGGAAAACCAGAAGACUAUCAAACAGCUCCUUGGAGAACUGUACGCGGACAAGGAGUAUCUGGAGAAACUUCUCAAGGAUGAAGACUUGAUCAAGGGAAGCUCGCAGACUGGCAUGGCAAUCUACGAGCUUGUCACGGACGGAAUCCAGUACCUGGACACGAGAACGGAGUUCUGGCGUCAGCAGAAGCCCAUGUACGCCCGGAAACGCGACAAGGUGGUCGCUCGGCAGGGCUUCCAGAGACAGAAGAAACCACGCGUGAGGGAAGCUGCGGCCGAUCCUGCCAACUACAUCCUGAAAAACCUGGAGGAGAUCGAUCAGUCCCUUGCAGAGGGUCGUGCAGAGGAUAGUCUCAAGCAGGCUGAGAAAACACUAAAGACAGUCGAAAGCUGGUCAGAAGAUGACGUCCCCAACAAGCCUGAUGUUGUUGGAAAUCUACACAGCUGCAUAGGCAAUGCCCUACUGGAGUUAGGAAAGAUGGGCGAUGCUUUACAACAUCACCAAAAGGACAUGGACAUGGCAGAAAGACACAAUCUGGAGGAUGCCCGGUCUCGAGCCCUGGACAACCUUGGGAGAGUUUACGCAAGAAUGGGCAAGUUUGAGAAGGCUAUUGAAAAUUGGGAGCGUAAACUACCCAUGGCAAAGACUCCGCUAGAGAAGACCUGGCUGUACCACGAGAUCGGACGCUGCAACCUGGAGCUCAACGAGAACGACAAAGCUCACGACUACGGAGAGAAGUCGUUCGCUGAGGCUCAGGAAGCCGAGGACGAAGUCUGGCAGCUGAACGCUAGUGUUCUCAUCGCCCAGGCAGAAGUGAGACAAGGACAAUUGGAAGCUGCGGUACAGUCAUUUGAACGCUCGCUGGACAUGGCUAAAGCACAGGGAGACUCCGCUGCAGAGAUCGCCAUCAAGAGAGCCUUGGACGACGUCAACAACCGCAUCGCCAAGAAAGAGAAGGACAGUCGACCUUCGUCUGCUGCAAAAGACCAGAAAACUGAGGAGGAUGACAAGAAAGAGCCGGAACCAGAGCCAGAAGCUGCCUACGAAGAAGACUUUGACAAGGAAGACGACAGUAAAGAAGAAGAGCCAGCUAAGGAGGAGACAGAAGAACCUGCGCCGGCGGAGAAGGAGGGCGGAGACUCUCCCGUGCCGGAGGUCGAAGUUCAGGAGAAGGCGGAUGAGUAGGGGGGAGAUGACUUCUGGGAUAUGGACAUACCAACAGGAGAUGAAGACAACAAAAACAAACAAACAAUACCAACAUUCGAGCUACAACCAUAAAAUAUGUUUGUCUGAGCUUAUUGAGGAUAUCAUCCUUACCUAAAAGGAGACAAAGACAACAAAAACAAACAAUAUAAAAAGAAUACAGUCAUGCUGCAUCCAUAAAACAUGUUUGUCUAUAAGUUCAUUGAGAAUAUUAUCAAUAACUUUUAGACAGACAAUUUGAAUAAUUUAGUACAUGUAAAAGCUCCUGUUGUAUGGGGACCGUUCAUUUUGUAUCAUAGAGAGUGGUAGUCAGACUUCAAUGGAUUAAUGUUACAAUGUUGCCUAGCCCCCUCUAGUGAAAAUGAUCAGUCCUGUCUCUAAGACAGCCCAAACUUCUGUAGAUGUAUCUCCCUUUACUCAUUCCACAAAAACAAAAUGUAUCUAAUCCUGGAGAAGUUUUGUAAUCUAGAUGAACAGAAGUGUACUAGAUGACUAGGAUUCUGACACACUUAGAUCUAAUGUUAGUGUUGACAUUGUAUUUUGUAAAUAAACUGUUUAUGGAGUGUUCAUACAGAUCUAUGCAACCAGCUACAAAGAAAUGUUUGAAUGUACAGAAUAUGAAUAUAAGAGCCACAUACAAGUACCAAAUAAUUAUAACCAGUACAGAGCAAUCUGGAGAGUUUGAAUUCUACUUAUUCCAUUCUUUGUCUUGCUAUUUACCUGGCAUUCUUGUUUAUGAUGUUAUUACUGAUUAUCAACUGUAUCGUUUUUCCAUCUUGAGGUGUAUUUUCCAAUGGUGAGAUGCUGCUUUGGUGAAAAUUUUACCUUGUAUAUUACAAAAUCUUUUGCCUUCAUGUUUGUUCACAUGCAGUUCCUGUACACAUUAUGCAUAAUAAAAUUUAUUUAGUACAUA